UGCCACUGCUUUCCUUCUGAUUGAUAAAAACUUCCACCACAAUCCCCAAGACAGCAAACAUGAUUGUAAAGGGGUCGAAUCGCUCUCUCUUCCUUUCCCUCAUCUUCGGCCUCUUCCAAGUAGUGGCUGCUUUUCGUCCCACCAACGAAACAGACUACCAAGCACUACUAGCCUUCAAGAACCAUGUAACCUCAGACCCAUCUGAUGUCCUCAGCUCAUGGAACAAUUCGGUUCACUUCUGCGCUUGGAGUGGCGUUAGGUGUGGGAAAAUGCACCAGAGAGUGACUGCACUCGAGCUCCUCUCACUUGGAUUUGUAGGUACUUUGUCUCCUCAUAUCGGAAACCUUACAUUUCUCAGAGUGCUUCACCUUGAUGGUAAUGGUCUCAAGGGAAUAAUACCCCAAGAGAUCGGUCGGCUGUUGAGACUAGAGACUCUUUCUCUAGUUAACAAUUCUUUCACAGGAGAGCUGCCUUGGAAUUUGACUGGUUGCAAAGAACUGACGAUCUUAUCUUUGGGCGGCAACAAUCUCGUGGGACGAAUUCCAGAUGAACUUGGUUCUCUUUUGAAGCUCGUCCAAUUAGAACUACCAGAUAAUCAUUUCACUGGAAAAAUCCCAUCUUCGUUAGGCAAUCUUUCAGCCCUGUCCCUACUUUUUAUAUGUGGCAAUUACUUAGAAGGUAGCAUACCCAUGGAACUAGGACAGGUCUCCAACUUAGAACGUCUUCAGUUAUCGAGCAAUAGUCUUUCUGGUAAUAUUCCCACCUCUCUCUACAAUAUCUCAUCCAUUCUAAUGUUCUCGGUUGGGGGGAACAAUUUAAGUGGGUCUGUUCCUUCUGAUGUAUUUAUCACUUUAACCCGACUCCAAGGACUGUAUCUCACUGGCAACAGAUUUUCUGGACCCAUUCCGACCUCUUUAACCAAUGCUUCUCGACUUGUGGAAAUUUCUAUAUCCAAUAAUUCCUUUAUGGGACCAAUUCCGUCGGACCUGGGAGGCCUUGUGAAUCUGCAGUACCUAGAUUUUGAAGUCAACCCCUUAGGAACUGAAGAAGGAGAUGAUUUUAGAUUCCUUGUCUCUUUAUUUAGUUGCAAUGAACUGCAAGAAGUGUGGUUAUCUCAGACUAGGCUUAAGGGGAGGCUACCCGAUUCUAUUGGGAACUUCUCCAUCAAUUUGACAACCCUUGCACUAGGAAAAAACUUGAUAUCUGGAAAGAUGCCCUCAUGGAUAGGGGACCUCGUAAGACUGGAGAGGCUCUCGCUGGAUAACAACAUGUUUGUGGGGACAAUUCCCGACUCUUUUGGGAAACUCUCCAACCUGCAGAGCUUCUCCAUUAACAACAACAAUAUCUCUGGAAUGAUCCCAUCCUCCAUUGGCAACAUGACUUCACUCUCCUAUAUCUACUUGAGGGACAAUAUGCUAGAGGGGGUCAUACCGAUUUCUAUAGGGAAAUGCACACAUCUGACUGCAGUAGACCUCUCCCAGAAUCAGCUCAUUGGUCCUGUGCCUGAGCAAUUAUUUGGUGUUUCUUCCCUCUCGAUAGUAUUAGCAGGAAAUUAUCUGACCGACCCAAUUCCAUCUCGGGUCGGUAGACUGGUAAAUCUCCAAACAUUGGAUGUUUCAGAUAAUAACAUGUCCGGAGAAAUUCCACCUGCUUUGGGUAGCUGCGUGGUGCUGGAGACACUCAGUUUAGAUGGUAACCGCUUCAAUGGAACAAUUCCAUCUGCACUGAAAAAUCUCAGAGGCCUACGGUUACUUGACGUUUCUCAAAACAAUCUGUCUGGUCAGAUUCCUGAGUUUCUUGCCAGCCUCCCCUUCAUCGAGAAUCUCAAUCUUUCCUUUAAUAAGUUUGAAGGAGAAGUGCCACACGGAAAAAUUUUUGGAAACCUGAGUGCGGCAUCAGUUGCUGGAAAUAGAAAACUGUGUGGAGGGCCUCCUACCUUGCAGUUGCCGACAUGUGAAGGAGCGAAUCAAGAGAAAGACAGAAAAAGGUGGCUGUCUCGGAGGCGAAGCUUGGCAAUUGGUGUCUCAGUCUCCAUUUUCAUACUGCUAACAGGAGUGAUCAUCACAAUGAUUCUGUGCCGAUCGAAAAGGUCAAAAAGGAGGACAGAUGUGGCUUCUCUGACAGUGGAUCAUCACCCGAAGCUUUCUUAUGCGGAACUUUUGCAAGCAACAGAUGGUUUCUCUCCUACAAACAUGAUCGGAGAAGGAAGCUUUGGUGUGGUCUACAAGGGGGUCUUACCAAGAAAUGAGCAGGUCGUUGCUGUGAAGGUACUUAAACUUGGAGAACGGGGAGCAAGCAAAAGCUUCAUGGCUGAGUGUGAAGCUCUAAAGAACAUUCGGCAUCGGAACCUCGUGAAAAAUAUCACUUCUUGUUCGACGAUUGAUUUCCAGGGAGAAGAUUUCAAGGCUCUGGUGUUUGAUUUCAUGCUCAAUGGGAGCCUCGAGAAAUGGCUGCAUCCAAUCUCAGAUGAUAGCACCGCAUUGGGUCUAUUGCAGAGGUUAAACAUAGCCAUUGAUGUGGCGACAGCAUUGGAUUAUCUCCACCACUGCUGCCACAAUCCCAUAGUUCACUGUGACCUGAAGCCAAGCAAUGUUCUUCUCGAUAGUGAUUUUUCAGCACAUGUAAGUGAUUUUGGCCUAGCAAAAUUUCUCAUGGCCAAAGCAUCGGGAACACAAAGUAGUUCAAUCGGGGUCAGAGGAACUAUUGGCUAUGUUGCACCAGAGUAUGGUAUCGGUGGAGAGGUUUCGACAUGGGGCGAUGUCCAUAGCUUUGGGAUUCUCUUGCUCGAACUGUUCACUGGGAAGAGACCCACUGACCCCAUAUUCGGUGGCAGCUUUGGUCUCCGUGAGUUCGUAGAGAGAUCCAUUCCUCAAGGGUUGAGUCUGGUAAUAGAUCCAAUAUUACUUUGCUCAGUCGAAACAUACAACAAUCUCCAUGAAUGUUUGGUGUCGAUCCUUGGAGUCGGCCUUACAUGCUCAGCUGCACGACCAAAUGAGAGGAUGGGAAUUCAAGAAGCUGCUGUGAAAUUGCAAAGGAUACGGGAGAAUCUUCGAGUUGUUAGGACGAGAAACAGAGUUCCACAUACCCGCUACAUAUGACUUGAGUAUCAGGAGUUGCUUUUGUACAUUCUUAUUAUCUGAUAUGUAGUUCUGGAACACGUAUCCGUGUAAUAAGGAACUUGUUUGAGCUUGAAUCUGUAUUUUGCCCAAAACGUAAGAGUUUGAAUCUCCACAGCGCCUUAAUUCAA